AUGACCGAGACAGGCGAGCCCGACAACCUAGACAGGUCGGACAAGCCCGACGAUAAAGAUGGGUCGGGGGGUCCCGAUGAUCAAGACGAUCCAAACGACCAAGAUGGGCCUAACGCAAAAGAUGAGUCAGAUGGGCCCUUUGAUAAAUACAGGUCCAACGACAAAGAUGGGUCGGGGGGUCCCGAUGAUCAAGACGAUCCAAACGACCAAGACGGGCCUAACGAACAAGAUGAGUCAGAUGGGCCCUUUGAUAAAUACAGGCCCAACAAUCAAGACGAGUUGGACAUGUUCGACGACCAAGACGGACUAUACGGGCCUGACGAUCAAGACGGGCCAAACAGGCCUAACGAUCAAGAUUGA